UUAAUGUAUGUCUUUGAUUUUAGCGGGGUAGAUUUACUAACACCUUUGUGAUUUAAUCUUGUAUGGUUCCGUCGUUGUUUGCAGCGGAAUCCAAAGACGUACGGAACGUUCAAGUUACAGAAAUCUAAUUGUGCACUUUUCUUCCAACCGACUAGGAAAUGGAAGAAAAAGCGUUGAAAAUCUUAGUGUGCGGGGACGUCGAAGGCAAGCUCGGAGCUCUCUUCAGCAGAGUGCAAAGCAUCCAGAAGAAGACUGGACAGUUUGACUUACUUCUGUGCGUUGGGGAAUUCUUUGCAUCGACCCCGGAAGCCGAGGAGGAGUGGCAGCAGUACAAAACUGGAGCAAAGAAAGCUCCCAUCCACACGUACGUCCUGGGAGCAGGAAGCCAGGAAACGGCCAAGAGGUUCCCCAGUGCAGACGGUUGCGAGCUGGCUGAUAACAUUACAUAUUUGGGUCGCCGGGGAGUGUUCACUGGGGUGUCGGGCCUGCAGAUCGCCUACGUCAGCGGGCGCGAGGCUCCGCAGGAACCGGCGCCAGCUCACUGCUUCACUCCAAAAGAUCUGACGGCCCUGCUGGACCCGCUGUCUGCCGGCGGCCAUUUCCGAGGCGUCGACAUCCUGCUGACCUCGCAGUGGCCCAGGGGGGUGUGGCACUAUGCAAACAACCCGGAAGUCAACACAAAAUCCUGCGGAAGCAACUCCAUCGCAGACCUGGCUGACAAACUGAAGCCGAGAUACCAUUUUGCGGCACUAGAAGGCGCUCACUAUGAAAGGUUACCAUACAGGAAUCACGUGGUCCUGCAGGAAACAGCUCAGCACGUCACUCGCUUCAUCGCCUUGGCGACAGUCAACAACAUUGCCAAGAAGAAGUACCUGUACGCCUUCAACAUCAUCCCCAUGAAGACGAUGGCUCCGUCAGAGCUGGUCAAGCAGCCGCCGGACGUGACAGAGAACCCGUACAGGCGGCUCACCAAAGACAAGGAGACGCUGAAGAGCAGCUUGGGCAUCACAGAGGAGGAGGCGCCGAGCACCCAGUUCUUCUUUGACCUCAGCGGGGGUGCCGGGGGCGGCGCUCGCGGCCGUGGUGGCAGGAAGAGGCCACUAGAGGGCGACUGGUCAGCACGCAAGCAACCUCGCAAGCAGCCUCUCCCCCCCGGCGAGUGCUGGUUCUGCCUGGCGAGUCCUCAGGUGGAGAAACAUCUGGUGGUCAGCAUCGGGACACACUGCUACCUGGCGCUGGCCAAAGGCGGGCUGAACACAGGGCACGUGCUCAUCCUGCCCAUCGGACACUACCAGUCCACAGUGGAGCUGGCCUCCGAGGUGCUGCAGGAGAUGGACAAGUACAAGGAGGCGCUCAGGAGCUUCUAUAAGAGCCGCGGCCAGCGCUGUGUCCUCUUUGAGAGGAACUACAGGAGCCAGCACCUGCAGCUUCAGGUGGUGCCGGUGCCGCUGGAGCGCUGCACCACCGACGACAUCAAGGAGGCUUUUGUGCUGCAGGCUCAGGAGCAGCAGAUGGAGCUGAUGGAGAUUCCGCAACACAGCGAUCUCAAGCAGAUUGCCCCGCCCGGCACGCCAUACUUCUACGUGGAGCUCGACGCUGGGGAUAAGCUCUUCUACCGUAUCCGGAGGAAUUUCCCGCUACAGUUUGGAAGGGAGGUUCUGGCCAGCGAGGCGCUGCUCAACAUUCCCACGCGAGCCGACUGGAAGGAGUGCAAACAGAGCCGAGCGGAGGAGGAGGCGGCGUGCGCGCAGCUCAGAGACGCCUUCCAACCGUUCGACUUUGCCUGGGAAGAUUAAAGCUUUUUGCUUUUUCCAAAAAGUGUAAAUAAAGUCACAUUUUCAAUA